AUGGAACAACGUAUCCAGCAGUUUCACGAUGAUACAAAAACUAUACCAAAACCACCUACAGCAAAGACUGUAAAGCAAAUGAACACACUGAAAAAGUUCAUCUUCAAGAACCAGGACUAUAGAUUUUCGGACAAAGAGAAGAACAAACUGUUUGCAUGCAUUGAGGCUUACUUUACAGUCUUUGAUAGAAGUGGCUUGACAGAUAAAGUAAGCUCUUUCCCGCUGAUCGAAGACAGCUUAAAAGUGCCAUGUUUCACAACCAAGCAAAAGAGUCAGCUUUUAAAGUGGUAUGAUGAAAUUCUCGCUAAAGAAGGAGGAGAGAGUCAAGAUGCUACGAAAGCGGCAGAUAAAGACCAUGACGAUGAUGAGCCAAAUUAUGAUGAUUUCGAUUGGGAUGCCUUUGAAAAGGAGCAAGAUGUUUAA